CGCCGACCCCGACAGUUUCCGGAGGACCCAACCAGUCUGUGGCCGGGCGUUCGUUUCCGGAACAGGAUGAAAGGUCAGCUCCAGCGCCUGGUCCUGGUUCUACGAAAGAUACAGGAGCAGGACCAUGCUAUGCGUCGUUGGGAGAGCCAGGUGCAUUUACAGGAUGGAAAAAAGCGAAUGCUUCUCGUGCUCCCCCGGGCACCUUUAGUAAGCCGACGGUCGCGGAUCAGAUGCGCGAAGUGCCUGCAUCAAUAGCGAAAAGUUCGAUUGCAGAGGCUGAAUCGACCCAGACUUCCCUUCUAUCAUCCGCUGCGAGCCAGCUAACGUCCUCACCAGAGAAGAAGCUGCCCUCCAUGAUGAAUGAGAACUUCAGUCCGUCAGAACAAAUUCUCACGCGGGAGGGCACCGCACCCGCAGAAGAGGCCGCGACUGGCGUCGCUGAUCUGGCCUCGGCUACACAGGUAGAGGGCACAUCUUCCACUGAGAAGACAGCCGAGAACGAAAGUGCUGCAAAUGCAGAACCUGCUUGCGCCGAUGAACGAAGACAAGACAAUGACGUCCGCGGUCAGGAUGAAGGGGAUCUCAACAAGAACGAGAAUUCGGCUUUGGAUUUCGUGGCGACCUCUCUCUGCAAAGUAGAUGACUCUGACACUGGAGCAUCUAAUGUAUUAGCAGGUCAACCGAAUGAUGAGAAGACAGGAGCAGGAGCAAUUGUUGAUGAACAAUCAGGUCGUGAACAAGUAGAAAAAGAAGAUGCUGCUGACAGAGGACCAUGGCAGCAGCAGGACGAGUUGUCGAGAUCUGCUGAGUUAUCGGCAUCGCAUGCACACUCCUACGAGGAGGAUGAGAAUGAGGAGGCACCUCAAUUUCCAGACCCUGAGGGUGCCCGGAGCACCUUUCGUGGUACUAUGCGCUCCACGUUUCGCGGUACACGUGGGAGCGAAAAAAAUCGAUCUGACCAUGGCAAAGAGAGUAGCGGCAAGCUGAUAUCGGCAGCACCAAAGGCAUUCGGCCGUAUUUCGCCAACUAGAGGAUCUAGAUCGCAUCAAGGCCAGGGUUCGGGGGGAGCUGCGUCUACAGUUACUGGUGCUAGCACAUCUCACGUGCCUGUCGGUGUUGACGCGUCCCCUUUAGCACCUCAGCGCGCUGUCAGUCCGGCCGCGAGUUCAGUUGCGGGACAUUCGGUGGCUUCGUCGCGGAAACCCCGUUUAGACACAGGCGCUGGAAACCGGUGGGUUAACACAAAAAAGGCGCUCUAUCAGAACAGUCCCGCUUGCAAGCGGACGCAGAAUGUGGACACAGACAGCCUCAAGGAAUUCGCUGGUCCGGAACUGAGUUCGUUGCACGAGAACAGUACGGUAUUCGAAGACCACUUGCGGCCAGCAGUCGGCGGCGGAGGCAAUCACCAGCUGCAGCGCGGCUGCGAGAAUGGGAAGAAUAAAUUUCCACAGCUUCUGCGCUGAUCUUAGGGCCGCUUCUUCGUGUUGCUCUAGACAGCAGCGACGAAACCAGAAGCCUACUUCUUCUAAUUGUAACUACCUACGACACAAGAAGGGCUGGUGAGGAGUCCGUGACACUUUCCAUUAAUAACACGAUACAACUGUACUUGCAUAGCAUCGCACAUCAUUCAGUCGUACCAAAAAGUGAGACACACGCCUGCUGUAGAUACGAUGCCCGCGGCCCGCGGCCCGCCCUUGAGCCUGAGCUACUUACUACAUUCAUGAGAGACUUCAACAUAUUCAAUCAUACUAGACUAUGCAUUGCUACGCUAUAUUUUGUUGGUCACGUCACAACUCUUCAUGUUAGCUCAUGUUGAAAAAAACUACCAUGCAAAAUAGUAGGGAUUGCACAGGAGACAUUCACAUCAAAAAAUCAUUCAAUAUUUAUUGAGUCUUACUAACUAUUUUCCCUUUCUUGGAACUAUUGUCAACUUACUGUUUCGUAGUACCGACUAUCAUUCACAUUCUACUUUUUGAAGUAUUCGCCGGAGUAAAAGGACGAGAAAGAUCAUAAUUAAGCAUAAUUGUGAUUUAUAUCGCAGUUGUGUUUGAGGAGAAAUUCUUGAUGUAGUGGAAUGGUUUUUGUAUACCACUUAGCCUGUUUCUGUACAGAAAAAAAUUUGGUUAUUCAUCCCAACUCGAACAUCGUAAUUUCAACGCAUACUUCAGGUUGCCACCGACGACCACUAUGAAUAAUCCCUAUAAUUGACCGGGCAAUUAUAACCUUUUCCAGAGAAUCUCGCAAAGGCAGUGCAAU